GGGGUCUGGGCCCGGGUCUGGGCCCGAACGGGGACCGCGAGUGCGGUUCGGGCCCAGCCCCACAGGUUUUCUGCAUUUGGGUGGCCUUCGGACUGCUUUGUACAAUUAUAUCUUUGCCAAAAAGCACCAAGGGACCUUUAUUUUGAGAGUGGAGGAUACAGAUCAGAAUCGGGUGGUGCCCGGAGCUGCAGAAGGAAUAGAAGAUAUGUUGGACUGGGCAGGUAUCCCCCCUGACGAGAGCCCGUGCCGAGGUGGCCCCCGCGGUCCGUACGUGCAGUCGCUGCGGCUGGAGCUGUACCGAGGUGCCAGCGCGGCGCUGCUGGAGAGCGGGGCUGCCUAUCGCUGCUUCUGCUCCCCCCAGCGCCUGGAGCUGCUCCGCAGGGAGGCCCUGCGCUGCCAGCACACCCCGCGAUAUGACAACCGGUGUCGGCACCUGACACCCGCAGAAGUGGCCCAGAAGCUGUCACAGGGCCUCGACUACGUUGUCCGCUUCCGGCUGGAGAAGGGCGUGGAACCCUUCCAGGACCUGGUCUAUGGCUGGAACAAGCACGAGGUGGCUGAGGUGGAAGGUGACCCUGUGAUUCUCAAAGGGGACGGGUUCCCCACGUACCACCUGGCAAACGUGGUGGAUGACCACUACAUGGGCAUCACCCACGUGCUGCGCGGGACCGAGUGGCUGACCUCGACCUCCAAGCACCUGCUUCUCUACAAAGCCUUUGGCUGGGAGCCCCCCCAGUUUGGGCACCUCCCACUGCUGCUGAACAAGGACGGUGGGAAGUUGUCCAAGAGGCAAGGGGACAUCUUCCUGGAGCGCUUUGUUCGGGAUGGCUUCCUGCCAGAGGCACUGCUGGACAUCGUCACCAACUGCGGCUCGGGAUUCACAGAGAAGCAGAUGGGGAGGACUUUGGAAGAGCUGAUCUCACAGUUUGAAAUAGGCAGAAUUACCACCCAUUCUGCCCUCCUGGAUCUUGAAAUGCUCCCAGAAUUCAACAGGAUUCACCUCACCCGUCACAUCGAGAACGAGGGGCUGCGCCAGAGGCUCGUUAGGGAGCUGCAGGAGCUGGUGAAGCAAAUCUACGGGGAUCAGCAAGUGGAUCCAGAGGUUCUGGAAAAGGAAUACGUGGAGCGAGUCCUCCUGCUGAGAAAAGGUCACAUCAGCCUCCUGAAGAAUCUGGUGUCGAGUGAUUACUCUUACCUGUGGGUCAGGCCCUCGGUGUCCCGACAGCAGCUGCAAAUGAUUUCUGCAGAAGUAGAUGAAAUAGGAAAACUAGUCUCAGGGCUCGUGACAAGGCAGGCAGCUGCCUUGACCGUGGAGGAGUUGAACAAAGACCUGAGAAACCUCCAGAAGCAAACCAGAGAGACCAAGUACAGCAGCAUGAUGCAGCUCCUCCGCUUGGCACUCAGCGGGCAGCAGGUACAAACAAGAG